AGGUCAGACCCGGCAUUCACCCCGCUGCAUCCCUACUUUCAGUGAUCAAGCGCCCCCAUGCCAUGGAGACUUUGCAAGAUGUGCUUCGGGGAUCGACGCAUAAAGAAGUAGACUAUGUUCAGUAUUUUAUUUUUUUCCCGCCAGGCCAAACCAACGAGGAGACGGUUUCCAAGUUACAAAAUCAACGGAUCGUGAUCACCGACUUUAUUCAACCGUGGAUCCGUGAUUAUCUUUGGCAAAAAGACCGAUUCAGUCUUUCCAUUGGCUACGACGAUCGCAAUGAUCCUGCGUAUCCUUUCUUGUACGGCGUCACCCGAUUCGGCGAUUGUGUCAAUGAUCAGUGGUUCAUUAUUUAUCUUUUGCGCGAGAUAUCGAAAAAGCUGCCAGAAACCGUGAUUUCGGUGGCGGAUAACGAUGGUGAAAUAUUGUUGAUUGAAGCGGCUUUGGAACUACCGGAAUGGCUUGAUCCAAUGACCAGUCGCAACCGCGUAUUCAUUCAUCAAGGACUUGUUCACAUUAUUCCCCUUCCCAGCACCCCGGCCGAUAUCAUUGAGAUACCCAUUGCCGGUAAACUCCAACGCCAACGUGCCAUUGAACUCGUCCGACAGCAGCGCGUCCACACGCAAGCGGAUCCGCCUGUCCAGGAGGCGAUUUUGGAACGCAUUCGCGAAUAUCCCCAAGCCGCGCAAACCGAACGUCAUCGCUCUCGGUGCAUCUUGCCAAAACAAGCGGCUUUUGUUCUUCUCAAGGAACCGCAACUUCUGCCGCUGGCGGUCGAAGCCUUCUAUAUACGUGAUCCUCUCUCUCUCAAAGCGUGUGCCACGAUGCGACAGUUUCCUCCCGCCAAUCAUAAUCUAGUAUCGACCAUCACCACUUUUACCCGCACCACCUUUGCGCAAACCGUCAGUCAAAAAUUCUACCCUCCUAAGCCUUUCCAUCUUCCUCCUGUCUCGCAAAAGAAGCAGCACCGAGCUGCGGAACUGGGGAUGAAGUUGGCCUGUGGCUUGGAAAUGCUGUACGCCAACAACUGGGAUAAAACCGAUGACGAAGAUGCUACCUCGUAUGCUUUUGAUCGCGACCCCAAAUGGAAAGAGUACGUUGCCAACGUGACGCGUUUGGGCUAUUUUCAAGGGGAAAGACAGGGUUCACGAUUAUAUCGAGAACGGCUGGAACGGGCAAAGGAAGAGUAUUUGAAGCAAAGACGAUUACCUGCAUCCGUAACUUACGAAGAUGUCGACGUCGAUGAUAUCAAUACAUUCGCCGGAAGUCUGCCGUUUGGGUCCAUGUCGCCGCGGAAAAAAAUUGAUGCCAUUCUGGCAACGUAUUCAGAAGAAGAGCUCCAACAGAUGCUCGAAACUCACGACUCAGAGGAGUCCGAUUCCGAGGAUUGGAUGCAUGUGGAUCCCCAGCAACUGGAAGACCUCUUGAAUAAGCGAAUGAAGCGAAUGCAAGAAAGUGUCAUGGCAGACAUGGAUCGAGAAAUAGACCAAGAGGAGAAAUCCACCGAGGUCGACCUGGACAAAAUGGUGGCCAACUUUGAACAAUUCAUCGAAGGAUCACGCAGCGGCGUCGAAGGUGUACAAUUUCCUGGAGAAAGAGACUCGGACGAUGAGUUUAGCGAGGAAAAUGAAGAAGACGACGAGCUGUAUGAUGAAAAUGAAGAUGCCGCUGUCUCGUUCAAUAUGGAGAAAUUUAUGAGCAUUCUCAAAGGCGUCAUGGACGAUGUGCAAAUCCCGCUGCAACAGCAGCAGCAGCAGCAACCUGAUGAACCGGAGAUUCGGAAGGAAGAAGCAAGCGCUGAUACAGAAUCCAAGGAUACGUUACGAACAAUGAUGGACGAGAUGGACGAGGAAAUUUAUUCGCACGAUAAAAUCACCGCCUCUUUUGCCGACGGUACAUCAGAAGGAAUGGAAGAGCGUGAAGACGCUCCUGUCAAUGUACGACUCAAUCUCGUCAAGAAUGUGUUGGAGAGCUUCAAGAGUCAGCAAGGUUUACCAGGUCCUGUUGGCAAUAUACUUCACCAGUUUGGUGUGGUUCUACCCGCCGAUGAAGAUCAACCAGAAGAAAGCGCAUCCGACAGAAAAUAAUCCCCUAUACAUCCCGAAAAGUAUUUUGACCUAAUAAUACACGCAAUGGUGGUCUCUUGUUUCGACGAGUUUUGACAAUCUCA